AUGUGUGUUAUCAUUGCUGUUGAUCUCUCCAUUCUAAAAUUUCGGGAUCUGAGCUUAUCUGUGAUUUGUCGAAUAAUUGCCAGCAUUUCAUCAAUUGAUGUCGAUGGCUGGUUCUUUCUCUUCCACCAUGAUCGUUCAAAGAAGUAUGAUAUCUUUCUUAGUUUUAGAGGCGAGGACACCCGCAACGGUUUCACAAGCCAUCUCCAUGCGGCUUUGUGUCGUAAAAAGAUUAGUACUUUCAUUGAUAACCAAAUUGUCAGAGGAGAUGAAAUUUCAUCAUUUCUUUUGAAUACCAUUAAAGCAUCAAAGAUUUCAGUCAUCAUUUUCUCAAAAAAUUAUGCAUCUUCUAGAUGGUGCCUCCAAGAACUCGAACAAAUCCUUCACUGUAAGAAAAUAAAGGAGCAGAUUGUUAUACCGGUUUUCUAUCACGUAGAUCCAUCAGAUGUAAGGAAUCAAACUGGGAGUUUUGGAGAUGGAUUUGCUGAGCUUGAAAACCGUACUAAGGAGAAACUAGAGAUGCUGCAGAGAUGGAAGACUGCUUUGAAUGAAGCAGCUAGUCUUGCUGGCUGGAAUAUAAAUAAUCAAAAGGAAUUGAAGCAGUACGAGGCAUAAACUUGGACGUAUCAAAAAUAACCAAUGCAGGCUUAAGUUGUCAUGUUUUGUCAAAGAUGGAUAACUUAAGAUUCUUCAGAGUAUACAGCUCAGAAUACCAAGAUAAUUAUGAAAAUAAGUUGUAUGGUUUUGAAGAACUUGAAUCCUUUUCCAAUGACAUAACAUUCUUCUUCUGGAAUAAUUACCCCUUUAAAUCAUUGCCAUUAAAUUUUCCGUCAGAGAGUCUUGUUAGACUUGAUAUGCAAGACAACAAAGUCAAGCAUUGGAAUGCC